AUGGCGCCGCCCGCCGCCCGCCUCGCCUUGCUCUCCGCCGCCGCGCUCACGCUGGCGGCCCGGCCCGCGCCUGGACCCGGACCCGAGUGUUUCACAGCCAAUGGUGUGGAUUAUAGGGGAACACAGAACUGGACAGCGCUGCACGGUGGGAAGCCAUGUCUGUUCUGGAACGAGACUUUCCAGCAUCCAUACAACACUCUGAAAUACCCCAACGGGGAGGGGGGCUUGGGCGAACAUAACUAUUGCAGAAACCCAGAUGGAGAUGUGAGCCCCUGGUGCUAUGUGGCUGAGCAUGAAGAUGGUGUCUACUGGAAGUACUGCGAGAUACCUGCUUGCCAAAUGCCCGGAAACCUUGGCUGCUACAAGGAUCAUGGAAACCCACCUCCUCUAACUGGCACCAGUAAAACGUCUAACAAACUUACCAUACAAACCUGCAUCAGCUUUUGUCGGAGUCAGAGGUUCAAGUUUGCUGGAAUGGAGUCAGGCUAUGCUUGCUUCUGUGGAAACAACCCUGAUUACUGGAAGUACGGGGAGGCAGCCAGUACCGAGUGUAAGAGCGUCUGCUUCGGGGAUCACACCCAGCCCUGUGGUGGCGAUGGCAGGAUUAUCCUCUUUGAUACUCUCGUGGGCGCCUGUGGCGGGAAUUACUCCGCUAUGACUGCAGUGGUCUACUCCCCGGACUUUCCUGACACCUACGCCACAGGGAGGGUCUGCUACUGGACCAUUCGCGUCCCGGGCGCCUCCCACAUCCACUUCAACUUCACCUUAUUUGACAUCAGGGAUUCCGCAGACAUGGUAGAGCUGCUGGAUGGCUACACUCACCGGGUCCUGGUCCGCUUCAAUGGAAGGAACCGCCCCCCUUUGUCCUUUAAUGUCUCUCUGGAUUUCGUCAUUUUGUACUUCUUCUCUGAUCGUGUCAAUCAGGCCCAGGGAUUUGCUGUCCUGUACCAAGCCAUCAAGGAAGAACAGCCGCAGGAGAGGCCCACUAUCAACCAGACCCUGGCCGAAGUGAUCACCGAACAGGCCAACCUCAGCGUCAGUGCUGCCCGGUCCUCCAAAGUCCUCUAUGUCAUUACCACCAGCCCCAGCCACCCACCUCAGACCGUCCCAGGAUGGACAGUGUAUGGCCUGGCAACUCUCCUCAUUCUCACAGUCACAGCAAUCGUAGCAAAGAUACUUCUGCAUGUCACGUUCAAGUCCCAUCGUGUUCCUGCCCCAGGGGACCUUAGGGGUUGCCAUCAACCAGGGACUUCGGGGGAAAUCUGGAGCAUUUUUUAUAAGCCUUCUACUUCGAUUUCCAUCUUUAAGAAGAAGCUCAAGGGUCAGAGUCAACAAGAUGACCGGAAUCCCCUCUGGCAUGCAAAGGAGUGACCAGUGGGAAUGAACCCCGGUGCCCACCUCCUCCGACUUCAGAGCAGACCUGAGGCCUCUCAAGCAGAUGCGAGGUAACUGGGUUGCUGUAACUUCUGAAGUGUGGGCUCUGGCUCAAGACUCCAAUCAGUCAGAAACCCGCAAAGAUCAAAGCACUCUCAAGUACAGUUGUCCUGGCCAGCAGGCAAACCUGUGGGGUGUGCCCGGGCAUAGUCACACACCCACGCCUGCUCAGCACCAAGUCAGGAGUCGGCCUUACCGGGUUUGUGGUCCAGCCAUAGUCAGCCAGGCUGUCCCCAAGCCCCCGUGAGUCCUGGGGGCACUGCACACUUAGUCUCCAGGCACUUAGAAGUAGACAGCCUACGAUGACCACUAAUAAAUACCUAGAAUAAUGGAAAAAAAAAAAAAAAAGUGGACAGCC